CGACGCAGACUGCCAUGGUGUCAUGGCGGUAAAUACUGUAAACAUAAAUCUGUUACGACUUCAGAGUUAGCUAGAUAGGUAUUUAGAUGGUGAUGUCCGCGUAGACCUCAUCAGAAUGUAUCAUGAUAGAAGGAAAUUGACAAAAGAAGACACUUGGAAAGCGGAUGAACUAAGGAAACACAUGCGGGGAUAUGAGGAAGAUGUUAUGAGGAGAGGAGAGAAGAUGCGGCACGGCGAGGAUGACAGGAGACACAGGAGCGGAGCAUCCAUCGACCGCCACCACAGAGACCGCGAGCGGGAAGAAAGAAGGGACAGAGACAAAUACAGAGAAGACAAAGACCGAGUAAAGCCUCGAGACCCAGAGAAGGAUAGAUACACGGACAGAAGAAGAGAGGACACUCGAGAAAGAGGAAACCACAGAAACGAAUACGAAAGAGAACUGCGAAAGGAUAGAGAGAGUCAGAGAAGGGUAGACAUAGAUGGAGGGAGAAGGGAAAGUCAUGAAAAAGACAGAAGGUACGACAGAGUGGAGAAAGACAACAGGGAUAAAGAGAGGGAGCGUUAUAAGGAAAAGAUGUCAGAGAGAGAAAAAGUGAAGGAAAAGGAUAGAAGGAGAGCGGAGAGAGAGAGGGAGCAAAGGAGUGACCGAGACCGACGGAAAGAAGAUGAGAGAGAUCGUACGAGAGAUUUCACCAGGCAAAAGUCAGACGACAGACUGCUGGAAAAAGACAGAGAGAGGAGAGAGAGAAACAAGUCGAUGGACCCCCUGAAAGAAAGGGAGCAUCACAGAGAUGGCAAAGAAAGACACCGGGAUAGAAGAGAGCACUCUGGAUACAGGGAAGGCAGAGAUCACCGAAGGAGCAAAGAGGAGGAGGAGAGGCGACAAAAAGAGCAAGACCGUCUUGGUGGCGGUGAGAUGCGUGAUCAACAUCACCGCGACAACAAGAGUUCCGAUAAUCGAAACCAUGGUGACAGGGACCGAGUCCGGGAGAAGGAGACAGAAGAACGAGAUCGGCAUCGUGAGAAGAGACAGAAGGACGAGUUGGAACGCAUCAGAAAGGACAGCCAGAGAGCAUCAUCCAGUCGUAAUCCUAAAGACAGCAGAGAUAACAGAGAGGGGGAAAAUGAAAAGGAAGCAGAGAAGCCAUCACCUGAAAAUGAUGAGGAGGUGGACUACGAAGAAGACUUUGAGGAUUAUGAAGAAGACUUUGAGGAUGAUGAUGAUGAUGACGAGGACCAUGACUCAGGAGAGGAGGAGAAAGAGGAUGACAAGGAGGACACUGAUCCUAAAGAGGAGGAACAUCUGAGUCCACAGAAGAGGGAGGAGGUCAGGGCCAUCCAGAGAGCCAUGAACGAGGAGAACGAACGGGUGGGCUCCUCCCAGUCCCUCUCCAGGACAGAGGAGAGCCCUCGGUCACCCAGGACUCCCAGGACACCCAGAUCAGGCUUGGACAAUCAACCACCUCGAGCUCCGAAGUCCAGAGGAGUGAUCGACUUUGUUUCAGCGAAGCGUCGGGAAGUCAGCAAGAAGGUGUCUAUUAGACAGAAAAAGCGCAGUAACGAGCUGCUGCGUCUAAUUGAUCUGGACUUCUCCAUCACCUUCUCCCUCCUCGACCUGCCCCCCGUCAACGAGUACGACAUGUACAUCAAGAGCUUUGGCACCACUAACACCAAACAGGCCUAUGUUCAAUGUAAUGAAGACAACACAGAUCGGGAGGUACAGACUGAGGAGACUGACUGCAGUGACAAGUGGACCCAGCACCCAGCUGAAACCAGCACAGCGUGUGGAGGCUCUGACCAGUCCCAGGACACCUUGGUUGACCCCUCCCUCAGGACAAAUUUUGACUCGCGUCGACUGGUGUCAUUUUUGCGUUCAGCUACACAGGUGAUGUCAGUGCUGCUGGAGGAGGAGAGGGCAGAGAGGCACCCCAUGACAAGGCUCAAGGCCCAGGCUGACGCACUCUCCUUCAGCGACGGAUGCCUGCAACUCAACACCAGGCUGCCCUUCCUACAUGGUCGUCAGGUGAGCCACCUCCACUUCUCGGAUGGCCAGCGUCAGACCCUGCUGUCGGCCCACACCCCCUCCUGCGCCCUCAGUGCCGUGCGCCUGGACUCCCAGAGCAUCGUCUGCGUCUGGAACAUCUGGGAGCCCUCCAGGCCACAGAAGAUCCUCGUCUACGAGUCCGAGAUCACGUGCUGCUGUUUCAGUCCGGGCAAGGCCAUGCUGGUGUUUGCGGGCACGUGUGUGGGCUCGGUGGUGCUGUGGGACCUGAGGGAGGCGUCCAGUAGCCACUACAGCCUCACCAUCGGGGAGAGCGACUGGACACUGCGCUACCCCACCUUUUCCACAGAUGCCGUGCUCUCUGUGCCUGGCCACCUGACCACUGUGCAGUCAGUGGAGCCAGUCACUGCUCCUGUUUCCGAGGGAUUUAGACAUGAGCUCCCUCUGCUGGCGAAUCAAGAAGAAUCACUCGGCUUGUCCUUCCAGUUGGCCUCGCUUGAUGAGAAGGGAGUUCUUAAUCUUUGGGUUGUUGUGGAGCUUCCCAAAUACAGUGAUGCGGGGUCUCAGACAGACUUAGGGUUGCGUCCUGGAGGGAAGGUGAAACUGCUCCACAGUUCGACCCUGCAGACUUGCGACUCAAGGUCUUCUGGCCAUGAUGUGACUCUGGAUGGGCCACUGCAGGCUCAGCUGCUGAAGUUCCUCCCAGCAGACUCCAGUCACUACUUCAUAGGCACAAACAUGGGUGUAGUAAACCAUGGCACCAGACAUGGCCUGAAGGCCCCUCCCAAGUUCUACAUGCCUCAGGUGGCUGGCUUCAGGCCCGUACAGGUCAGCUGCCUGGACUUCUGCCCCAAUGGACAGCCCCACUUUCUUGUGGGCUGUGACGACGGCAGUGUCCGGCUGCACUCAUUGCAGUGUGAGCAGCCCCUGCUGGAGUGGAGUGGGAGUACGGCCGGGGUGGCGAUAGUGGUGGUCCAGUGGGCUCUGACCCGGCCCGCUGUCUUCUGCGUGCUGGACUCUGCCUCCUGUCUCCACCUCUGGGACCUGCUGGAGGACGAGAAGGCGCCUGUGCUCACAGAGAAGAUUGAUGCAGACAGGGUGGCCACCAUGGCCAUGUUCGGAGACCCAGCCAAGCAGAACACUUACUCUGGCGUCGCACUGGCAAAGCAUUCUGGGAGAAUCGAGAUUCACUACUUCAGGAAACGCUUCACAGUGGCCUCCUCCGCCGACAGCGAGAAGCUGGACAGUCUCGUGCUGGACGCGUUCUAAACCAAGUGCCUGAGUGUACAUCUGCCCCCAAGAGAUUCACUGUAAAGUGCAUUUGGCAGUGUUAGUUUAACACUUAGAGAGCCUUCUGAAACCAAAUACAUAGUAUAAGAUGUAACACUCUCUAAGUGUUGAAUUAGCAGAGCAGAUUUGUGCUGUGUCCACACACGUCAUCUCUGUUCUGAGUAGAGUUUGGCUCAAGGUGGUUCGAGAACACAUUGGAAGCUAUUCAGUUAUUUUUGUAAACAGGUAGAGCUGUGUAGUACCAUAUCAUGGCUUAUUUAUUUAGUCCUGAAUUGUAUUUAUUACUAGAUAUCACAUUUGUGAUAGCACUCCGAAGGUGCCACAGUGGCACAUAAAUGUUUGCACUUGCCAUAUACUGUACACAUUUAUUUCAUAACUUAAUCAGCAUCGUCAAUUAACAUUUCAGAUUUCCAAUUUACAUUUUUUUAUGGACAGUGAGUGUCAUUUGCCAUAUAUAUCACAAAUGUAAUUUGUAUGGCGCAUAUCACAAAAAAUCCAAAGUCGAGUGAGAAGAAAACUUCAGUUCACCUCAGGGAAUCUUUGUUUUUGUUCAAGAUCUCAUGACAUUGUUUUAAAGUUGGUUGAAAGAUGUAUUUUUAAAUAUUUCUUGUAAUGUGUUGUGGUUGCAUGGGUCCAGAACAUUUCAAGUAUUGUCUUUGUAAUAAAGACUGACUGAUACAA